AUGAUGGCGGAAGAUGAAGAUAACGAUAAGAAGAAGAAAAAGAAAAGUGCUUCUAAGUACAACUACAAUUUUGGUGAUAUUUAUCCAGGCAUCGUGAUAGGUCAUAAAACAUGCAACCCUUUCUUGAAGCCAGGUUACCCGGUACCAGGGGAAAUGGGCUGGCUGUGGAAUGCAACAGAUAUACCAGGAUUAAAGCCUCGUCGGGGUUGGCAGCCUGGUGCAAUUGGCAAAAGUGUGGCGAAAAUGAUGGCGUUCAAAUGCCCACGAGGUGGUCAAGACAAGGAUAAAAGUAAAAAGAAAAAAAAGAAGGGUCGUACUGCAGGGGCAGAUAUGGGCGGAGGAGAUUCUGAGCCAGAAGAACCAUUAGAACCAAAACCCACUUUGAAAGUGCAAAGAAAAGGAGAUGUUUUUACAAUACAAGUGAAUCCUUUAAAAGAUUUAACAGAAAUCGCUCCAAAUGAAGACCCAUACGUAGAUUGUGAUCCUCUAAUAUUCAAAAUUAUAAAAAAAAGAAGCCCAGAGGAACAAGCUAAAGUAGAGGCUAGGAAAAUGGUUAAAUUGAAAAAACAACGAGAUGCUGAAAUCAGGAAAGCUUUGGCCGAAGCUGUGGAAGAUAUUUGCAAAUGCGCAUACAUGGACGUGUACUGUAACGAUCUAACUGCUAUAGAUAAAGUGAUUGACAGCUGUCCAGCAUUUAAAGAGCCAGAAUGUGUUUGUAAAGCGGAAUCCCUAAGUUCACUUUCAAGUAAUGCCACUUGGGAUAUAGAGUACACACCGCCUUUUGGCUGUUUCGAUCUAGCGCCAAGAAAACGCAAGAAUUUUAUCCACGUAGAAACACAAUAUAUCCCAGCUGAUGCUGGAGUAGUUGAAGUGCCGAAGAUUAAAUGCAAAAGGUCGCGCACGUCGUUGAAACCCAAAAAGAGAGUUUCGAAGAAGAUUUGUUGUGGUCCUACCUGUCCU